AGCAUUAAAAAACUUGGUAAAUAAUGGUGGAAUUCACUGACAUUGUUCAGAAUGCUUUUUCUGAAGCACAAAAAAUAGGUAUCAGUUUUUCGCACUCUCAACUAGAUGUACUCCAUUUACUAGUUGCAUUAAUAAAAAAAAAUGAUUUUACUGCGCGCACGUUUCAAAAGGUUUCUGGGGAUUUUACAGCCUUACAAAAAGAAAUAGAUAUUGAACUUAAUAAGCUACCUAAAUGUAAACCCCCACCUAAUGUUCUUACCCCCAAUCAUAAUGCAACUCAAGUGUUUCAAAAAAUGGAAAAGAUACGUGAAGAAUUGGGUGAUACUCAUGUAUCCAUUGACCAUUUAUUACGAGCGUUGAUUUCGAAUCCUUUAAUUCGCCGCAUUUUAGCUGACUGUAGUUAUUCAUCAAUGCAAAUUGACAACACUGUUCAGCAGUUGAGAGGAGCACAGCGUAUAACGUCAGCUGGUGGAGAUUCUCAAUACGAUGCAUUGUCUACCUACGGUGUCGACUUGACAGAGUUGGCGGAACGAGGAAAAUUGGAUCCUGUUAUUGGAAGGGACGAUGAAGUGCGUAGAGUAAUUCGUGUAUUGUGCCGGCGCACUAAAAAUAAUCCCGUUCUUAUUGGCGAACCUGGUGUUGGAAAGACAGCUAUUGCUGAAGGAUUAGCUACAAGAAUUGCCCAAGGUGAUGUACCUGGAUCUUUGAAGGGUCGUGUUAUUAGCCUAGACAUUGGUGCACUGAUUGCUGGCGCAAAGUAUCGUGGAGAGUUUGAGGAAAGGUUGACCGCUGUUUUAAAUGAAGUAAAGAAAGGCGCUGGCAGUAUAAUUUUAUUUAUCGACGAAAUACAUUUAGUGUUAGGUGCCGGAAAAACUAGUGGUGCAAUGGAUGCCGCCAACCUUUUGAAACCAAUGUUAGCUCGAGGAGAACUGAAAUGUAUUGGUGCGACAACGUUAGACGAAUAUCGUAAACAUGUUGAAAAAGAUGCCGCAUUUGAAAGACGUUUUCAACAAGUGCAUGUGCAUGAACCUUCAGUUGAAGCUACUAUAAGCAUUUUACGCGGUCUAGUAGACCGUUACGCAGCACAUCAUGAUGGUAUUCGAAUUCUUGAUGCGGCUCUAGUUGAAGCGGCUCAACUUGCAGAUCGUUAUAUUACUCAUCGAUUCCUACCUGACAAAGCGAUUGAUUUAAUGGACGAAGCUUGUGCUAAUGUACGAGUGCAGUUGGAUAGUCAACCUGAAUGCAUUGAUAACCUUGUAAGGGGAAAAUUUCAAUUGGAAGUAGAGGUAAAAGCUUUGGAAAAGGAAUCAGACGUAGCAUCAAAAGAAAGGCUAGCUAAAGUACGACUUAACUUAGAAAAGGUUGAAAAAGAUCUUGUACCAUUAAGAGCAAAGUAUGAAGCCGAAAAAGCAAGAUUACGUGAAAUGAGAGAACUCAGUAAACGAAUCAAUGAACUCAAAUUCAAAUUAGAACAGGCCCAACGACAAGGGGACCCCGUGCUUGUUGCUGAGUUGCUGUAUGAUGUUUUACCCGACAAGGAACAGCGUUUAAAACGACUACAAAAAGAACAAGAUGAAUACGUUCAAAAGGAAUCUCCCCUUAUCACUGAUACGGUGACUCCUGAGCAAAUAGCUGAAGUCGUGUCCCGAUGGACAGGUAUUCCAGUGCAUCGUUUGUCACAAGGUGAGGUUGAACGGCUUUUAUCCCUUGAAUCUGUUUUGAAGAAAAGAAUUGUUGGGCAAGACGCUGCAGUUAACGCCGUAUGUAAUGCUGUUAUUCGGAAUGCUGCCGGUUUAUCCAAAGGUCGAAUGCCCAUUGGAUCUUUUUUGUUUAUUGGUUCAACAGGCGUCGGAAAAACAGAAUUAUCUAAAGCUCUUGCCGAAGAACUUUUUGACAGUAAAGAUCGUUUGGUUCGCAUCGAUAUGUCCGAAUUCAUGGAAGCUCAUAGUGUCUCGAAACUUAUCGGUUCACCUCCUGGUUAUGUUGGCUACGAUGAUGGAGGCCAUUUAACGGAAGAAGUAAGACGACAUCCUUAUAGUGUAAUUUUAUUUGAUGAGAUAGAAAAAGCGCAUCCCGCUGUAUGGAAUAUUCUUCUUCAAGUUCUUGACGAAGGCCGGCUAACUGACUCAAACCAUCAUACAGUUGAUUUUACUAAUACAAUUAUAAUAUUAACAUCUAACAUAGGAGGCCAUAUACUUUCAACUGAAUCUUCUGAAAACUCUGAGGAACCAUCCCAGAAUCAUCAAAAGAACAUUUUAAAUGAAGUUGGAAAAUAUUUCCGACCCGAACUGAUUAAUAGAUUAGACUCUAUUGUUCAGUUUGAACAACUAAAACCUUCAACACUGCGUCAACUUGUCAAUUUACAAAUUUCUGAUGUUACAAAAAGAUUACAGAAUAAACGUAUUAAUUUCUCAAUUACACCAGAAGCUGUUGAUCACAUUGUUCUAGAGGCAUAUGACCCUGCUUAUGGUGCCAGGCCGUUUCGGCGUUACAUUGAAUCUGAAGUUGUUUCGCCCCUUAGCAAAAAACUUUUGUCUGGAGAACUCUGUUCUAAUUAUGAUGUUAGUUGUCACUGGGAUAGUAAAACAAACUGGAGCUGGCGUAUUGUCCCGUCUACUAACAUAGACGACACAACUGGAUUGAAUACCUUAUCAAACAUUUCUGGUGAAAACUCUUUAUCUCCUUCUCGCCAUUCAAAACAAUAUAUUGAAAAACGAAAAAAAGCUAAAACAUAGAUUUUUAUUUUUAUUGCUAGUAAAGAAAAAGAAGUUUGUUAAAAUCUGAACACUAUUUCAUGAAUAAAUAAAAGUAUCAUGAUAGUUUAAUAGCGACGGUAUUACUAUUCGUGUAAAAAAUCCUUUAUUCAAAGGAAUAUCGUUUGUCUACAUAAUACAAACAAUAAGAUUUGUCCUGAUUUAUUCAAUGUAAACUUUAUUCUAUUUUUAUCA